GUUCCGGUCGUGGCCGAAGUGGUUGCAUUUUGUUAGUACCGGACGGUUGUGAUGGCUGCGGUGGAUUCGGAUGUCGAACCGCUGCCUCGCGGGGGUUUCCGCUGCUGCCUCUGCCACGUCACUACGGCCAACCGGGACACAGGUUCCAGCCCUGGUCCGGGAAGAUCCCACAUGCCGCAGAGCAACUAAGCCCGUGCACCACAACUACUGAGCCUGCACUCUAGAGCCUGCGAGCCACAGCUACUGAGCCCACGUGCCACAACUGCUGAAACCCGUGCGCCUAGAGCCCGCGUUCCACAACAAGAGAAGCCACUGCAAUAAGAAGCCCGCGCACUGCAACGAAGACCCAAUGCAGCCAAAAAAAAAAAAAAUGAAAUUGAAAAAAAUAAAAGAAAUGUGUUUCUAUUAAAAAAAAAAAAAAGAAAUACUUGUGUACAGCCAGUUCUCCUGGGAACCACUUAAAAUGCUUUAUAUAGACAAAUGGACAAGAGAGGAAGCUGCAAGGAGCCAGGACUUUGUCAUUCAAAGGUCACAUUUUCUAUGGCUUGGAAGAAUCAGUAGGAUCUAGGACCCAGCCUAGAGGCCCACCUGGGAGGCCGGAAGCAUCGGCACCUGGUAGAACUACGAGCUGCUCGAAAGGCCCAGGGACUUCGAAGCGUGUUUGUCAGUGGCUUUCCCCGGGAUGUGGAUUCUACUCAGCUCUCUGAGUACUUCCAGGCAUUUGGACCUGUGGCCAGUGUUGUCAUGGACAAGGACAAGGGAGUGUUUGCCAUUGUGGAGAUGGGGGACGUGGGUGCCCGGGAAGCUGUCCUCUCACAGCCCCAGCACAGCUUGGGAGGACAUCGCCUGAGGGUCCGGCCACGGGAGCAGAAAGAGUUCCAGAGCCCAGCCUCCAAGUCCCCCAAAGGAGUGGCACCCGACAGUCACCAGCUGGCAAAAGCACUAGCGGAGGCCCCGGACGUGGAGGCGCAGAUGGUGAAGCUCGUGGGGCUGAGGGAGCUGUCUGAGGCCGAGCGGCAGCUUCGGAGCCUCGUGGUGGCCCUGGUGCAGGAGGUCUUCACAGAGUUCUUCCCUGGCUGUGUGGUCCAUCCUUUUGGCUCUUCCAUAAACAGCUUUGACGUCCAUGGCUGUGAUCUUGACCUCUUCCUGGAUCUGGGGGACUUGGACGAGCCCCAGCCAGCUCCAAAGGCUGCAGAAUCUCCAUCCUUGGACUCGGCCCUUGCAUCCCCACUGGACCCUCAAGCCCUGGCCUGCACCCCAGCCUCCCCUCCAGACUCACAGCCUCCAGCUUCUCCCCAAGACUCGGAAGCCCUGGACUGUGAAGCCCCUUCCUCCUCCCUGGCACCCCGGACUCCAGACUCUGCUUUGGCCUCUGAGACCCUCGCCUCUCCCCAGUCCCUGCCCACAUCCUCGCCACUGCAGGAGGACCGGGGAGGGGGGGGCCUGGGGAAGGCCGUGGAACUGGCAGAGGCCCUGAAGGGGGAGGAAGCAGAAGGGGGAGCCACGCUGGAGCUGGUGGGAUCCAUUCUUCGGGGCUGUGUCCCCGGAGUGUACCGAGUCCAAACGGUGCCCUCUGCCCGACGCCCUGUGGUCAAGUUCUGCCAUCGGCCUUCAGGUCUCCACGGUGACAUCUCCCUCGGUAACAGGCUGGCCCUGCAUAACUCCCGCUUCCUGAGCCUCUGCUCUGAGCUGGAUGGGCGAGUACGGCCCCUUGUGUACACUCUGCGCUGCUGGGCUCAGGGUCGAGGGCUGUCAGGGAGUGGCCCACUUCUCAAUAACUACGCCCUGACCUUGCUCGUGAUCUAUUUCCUUCAGACCAGGGACCCUCCUGUGUUGCCCACUGUGUCCCAGCUCACCCAGAAAGCAGGUGAGGGCGAACAGGUGGAGGUUGAUGGCUGGGACUGUAGUUUCCCCAGGGAUGCCUCGAGACUGGAGCCCAGCACCAAUAAGGAGCCCCUGAGUUCCCUGCUGGCCCAGUUCUUCUCCUGCGUCUCUUGUUGGGAUCUUCGUGGCUCACUGCUGUCCCUGCGGGAGGGUCAGGCACUGCCUGUGGCAGGGGGCCUGCCCUCUAAUCUCUGGGAGGGUCUGCGCCUCGGUCCCAUGAAUCUCCAGGACCCCUUUGACCUGAGUCACAACGUGGCAGCCAAUGUGACCAGCCGGGUGGCCGGGCGGCUACAGAACUGCUGCCAAGCGGCAGCCAGUUACUGCCGAAGCCUCCAGUACCAGUGCCGUUCCUCCCGGGGUCGGGACUGGGGGCUGCUUCCCCUUCUGCAGCCCAGCUCCCCUAGCUCCCUGCUGUCUGCAACACCCAUCCCCUUACCCCCCGCUCCCUUCACCCAGCUCACUGCUGCCCUGGCCCAGGUGUUACAGGAAGCUUUGGGGUGCCAUAUAGAACAGGGAACCAAGAGGCUGCGGUCGGAGGGGGGUGGGACUGGGGAGCCUCGCCAGGGAGGGACAAGCAAAAGAUUGAAACUAGACGGACAGAAAAAAAGCUGUGAGGAGGGGCAGGAGGAGCAGCAGGGAUGUGCAAGGGACCACGGUGAAGAGGGGGUGGAAGAAAUGGUGAUGGAGGUUGGAGAGUCGGUGCAAGACUGGGCCAUGAGGAGCCCUGGGCAGCCAGGGGAGCCGGCCCCGAUGACCGGAAGGCAUCUAGGCACUGGAGAAGAGGGGCAGUCAGGCCCCGCAGCGCUGGCCGAGCAGGGGCCCAGAGGACCUGAGGCAGCCCGAGAAGGGUCUCGGGCCGAGGCAGGGAAGGGGGCGUCGCUCUCCUCGGUGGGCUGGCGCUGUGCCUUGUGCCACCGAGUGUGGCAGGGGCGGCGGCGUGCCCGAAGACGCUUGCAGCAGCAAACCAAGGAAGGAGGUGGAGCUGGUGCUGGCACAGGAGCAGAGUGGCUGGCAACUGAGGCUCGGGUCACCCGGCAGCUGAGAGGCCUGAGCAGUACUGAACAGGCGCCAGGGGCCGAGCCACUCCUGACCUUCGUGGUGUCUGUCUCCCAGGCUGACCAGACUCUCACUGUGACCCCACUCCGGGAUUCUCAAGGCCUCUUCCCUGAUCUCCAUCAUUUCUUGCAGGUUUUCCUCCCUCAAGCACUUCGAAACCUGCUCAAGUGAAGAUGGGGACCCUAAAGGGCAAUAAAGCUGCUAGUUUAAUAAACACUAGUUUCCGCUAAUUUCCACCUGGUAAUAAUCCUGCUUCCCCCCAGUGCUUAAUGCAGCCUCUCACAGGCCCCCUCUCUCGCCACCCUAAAAUAGGUCUCUCAGUAUGUUUCCUUCUGAGCCCAGGAGGAGUGUGGGUCUGGCACCUGGACCCACUCAGUAGCGUUCUGGACAGAUGGAGUGCUGGGUGGGUGCACCUGAGAAGUACCAAGUUUGUUUCCACAUUUACCUUACUGCUCAGAGUUAUGAACGGUGACGCCUUGAAAUUUGGAUUCCGGGUUCUUCAUUCUCUCACUUAAUGGAAUUCAUCCUGUUCUUAAAUUGGGUUCAGAUCUGAGCAUGGGUAAAGGGCGAACCAUCCAUUGAAUUGUCAGCCCUUCCGGGGAGGCAGGACGUGGCUGGGUUCUCCCUCAGCCCCUCCCCUUUUGCAGGCCCGAGGACUAGUGCCUCUUCUAAGCAGUAACAGCCUCCUUGAGCUGCGAGGCCGUUUAAUGGAAAAAACCCUCACUUUUACAGAGGGCUUCGGACUUGGGCUCGGGUUAGAUGUACAAGCUCUCCUCUAGAAAGAGCCGGAACAAAAGGAACGUGGCACACCGCCACCUCCACGCAGUUGCUUCCGCUCCUAUGAGUGUCACACAACCACGAUGUUAGGGGUCUGGCAGGACCUCCAUCAAAUCACCGCGGGCCCCGCGACCCGGAGGGAAACGCCUCUGGGGCCCGGCGCGAUGCCGGGCUGGCAGCUCUGCCACGUAGCUGCAGAAGGGCGGCUUUCCAGCUAGUUCUCAGUCUCCC